AUGGUUUAUUAUUAUUGUUGUACGAAACGAUUUGGUGAGAAAGAGAAGGCGGUGGUUUUGGCGCGUGGUAACAAAAUGUCGUUGACGGAUCGUUUAAAUUUUUCUCAGGAAAAAUUAUUUAAAAUUCUUUCUGAUAAUUUAUUAAAAUCCGAUGGGAAAACAAGGAAUUUAAUUGAUUGUAAAGAAAAUAUUUUAUUUGCUUGGGAUUCAAAAACGAAAAGAUUGUUCACGCAAAAUAUUAAAUACUUCAAAGAUAAAGAUGCCGGAUUUUACCAGGUAAGGCAGCACCUUUCGACUCGUAAAAAGGUUUCUAAAACUAAAUACGACUGCUUUAAAUACAUAAAUACAAACAAUGCUGCGCCAUUACCAUAUUAUUUUUCUUCUGAUCACGAACUUUCAAGUAAAUACAAGAGAAAAAUCGUCAACAAUUUGGGUGUGGGGGGACGAGGGGGGCGGGAGCACGGGGGGAUUUGCGCCAUGAGAGUCUUCCAUUUAGAAAAAAAAAAAUAA